ACGUCAUCGUUAGCUCUCCGGUAUAAACACGGGUGGUCCGGCGUCCUCCCCGCUGUGAGCCUCCCUCAGCCGCUUUACCUCGGACGGAGCGGAGUCCAGUGGGUCCGGACGGAACCAGGAGACCGAACCCGAGCCGGUCCCGCCGGUUCUUUCCACAGUUCCUCCUGUUAGAGCAGUUUUACCGGAAACCACGCAGUUAAGAAGCAGGGCGGGAGUCCCGCCGCAUUAGCGGCACCGAUUAACGGUCCCGUCAGCAGCCCGACUUCUGACCCGCUGGUUCCGGUUUAUCUGCCGCUCACCGGGGACGGAGCCGCCAUGGAAACUCGGUGGAGCCUUUCCCGGAGCUCCGUGAGGUAACCGGAGCGGGACCGGAGAGCCUCACAGCGGGCGGCGGCAACCUGUUGCCGGUUCCCGGUGACGCAGAGAGGAUGCGCGGCUCCGCCGGACCGCCGCUGCCGCUGGUUCUGCUGCUGCUGGGCGGCCGUGCGGCGUUCACGGUCUGCAGGUCCCUGAACGCACCGCAGGAUGCAGCGGUCCUGCCUGCGGAGGUGGAGGAUGUUCUGACGGGCGGGGACCGACCCAGACGUCCCGUCCUGGAGGAGACCCGUCCCUUCAUCCUGGUGGACGGCCAGAGACGGAGCGUGGCCCAAGCUGUGCAGGACGGUCACCCGGACCGGCUGGAGGCCGGGCUGGAGGUGGGAGGACGGCUCCUCCUGUUGGACCUGGAGAAGAACCGCGACCUGCUGCCCAGACCUCCCAACAUCUUCUUCUACCUCCCCAACGGAACCGGAGUGUCCGCUCCAGCCGACCCAGUGGCUCACUGCUAUUAUCACGGCAGCGUCAGAGGGUUCCCGCAGUCCAGAACCGCGCUGAGCACCUGCUCCGGACUCCGGGGAAUCAUCCUCCUGAACUCCUCGCUGAGCUUCGAGCUGCAGCCGCAGGACGAGCAGCGCCUCCAUCACACGGACGCCGUUCACCUGCUGUUCUCUACCCGCCCUCUGGGGGGCGCCGCCACCGCAGGCUGCGGCGUGUCGCACACGUCCGCCCCCCCACCUGUCUCCAACCGGACCCACUCAGGGCGGGCGAAGAGAGACAUCCUGUCUGAGACCAAAUACGUGGAGCUGGUGUUGGUGGCCGACCACCAGGAGUUCCUGAACUACCAGAGGAACAACAAGACCAUCAUCUACCGCCUGCUGGACGUGGCCAACCAGGUGGACUGGUUCUACCGGCCGCUGAACGUGAGGGUGGCGCUGACCGGCAUGGAGGUGUGGAGCGACCGCGACAAGAUCCGCGUGGAGAAGAGCGCCACCGACACCCUCAACAACUUCCUGGAGUGGAGGACCAAUGAGCUGCUGCCGCGCCUUCGCCAUGACAACGCCCAGCUCAUCAUGGGCGAGUCUUUUGACGGCACCACCGUGGGGAUGGCGUCCCAGGCGUCCAUGUGCUCCAGGGACAGAUCCGGAGGCGUCAACGUGGAUCACCUGGUCAGCGUUCUGGGCGUGGCCUCCACCGUCGCCCACGAGCUCGGCCACAACCUGGGGAUGAGGCACGACACGGCCGAACGCCGCUGCUCCUGCGAAAACGAGCCGCGCCUGGGAGGAUGCAUCAUGGAGCCGUCAACCGGGUUCAUGCCCGGUCAGCAGUUCAGCAGCUGCAGCGCCACAGAUCUGUCCGUCAGUCUGCUGCAUGGCGGCGGCAUGUGUUUGUUCAACGUGCCGCAGCCCGACCGCCUGCUGGGAGGACCUCGCUGUGGAAACCUGUACGUGGAGAAAGGAGAGCAGUGUGACUGCGGCCUGCUGGAGGAGUGUGAUGACCCGUGCUGUAAUGCCUCCACCUGUCAGCUGGUUCCUGGAGCUCAGUGCUCCUCAGACGGUAUCUGCUGUGAGGACUGUAAGCUGCGUGCGGCGGGCUCGGUGUGUCGUGAGCCGCUCGGAGAGUGCGACCUGGCCGAGUACUGCACAGGCUCCUCCCCUUACUGCCCCCCCAACGUCUUCCUGCAGAACGGAGAGGCCUGCCAGAACGGCGCCUCCUACUGCUACGGGGGAGUAUGCGCCGACAUGGACAGCCAGUGCCAGAUGCUGUGGGGAGCCAAUGCCAGCAGCGCUCCGGCUGUCUGCUUCUCAUCAGUCAACAAACAGGGAAACAAAUAUGGAAACUGUGGUCAGCUGACCAACGGCUCCUACGUCCCCUGUGCAAACUCAGACGUUCUCUGCGGCAGGAUCCAGUGUCAGGGCGGGACAGAGCGCCCCCUGCUGGGCAGCAUCGCCCAGAUCCUCACCGUCCGCUUCAACAACAGCGACCUGGUCUGCAGAGGGACCUUCUUCCACCUGGACGACGACGUGUCCGACCCGGCCACCGUGGCCCAGGGAACCGCCUGCGGACCCGGCAAGGCGUGUUUAAACCAGAAAUGUCAGGACGUGUCCGCGUUCGGCGUGGACGAAUGUCGCAGGAAGUGCAGCGGUCACGGGGUGUGCAACAGCAACAAGAACUGCCACUGCGAGCCGGGCUGGGCGCCGCCGGACUGCCGCUACUCGGGUCGUGGAGGCAGCGUGGACAGCGGACCGGCCAGAACCGCUGCAGAUUCUGAUCCGGUGCGGGUCGCCCUGCUGGUCAUAUUCUUCUUCAUCCUGCCCGUGGUCCUCCUCUUCCUCGCUCUCCGCUUCCCUCGUUUCCGUCGGACCCUCUGCUGCCUUGGACCGAACAGCCCGUUCCACAAGGCCCGGCACCAGAACCGGACGCCGGUGACGGAGCGAGUGGACGGCAGGAACGGGGAGCAGGCCCGACCCCUCAGAUACCACUUGAACCCGCAGUCCGACAUCCCGCUGGCUUCGUCCCAGAAAGAGGUUCAUGACAGACCUGCUCCUCCCACUAAGCCCCUCCCCCCUGACCCCGCCCUAACACCCCCGCAGCAGUUGGUUAAAGCGCGACCAGCUGCCCCCACCAAGCCUCUGCCCCCUGACCCCCCCACCCCCAGCAACCAGCCACCGGUGAGUCGGCCAGCGCCGCCCAACAAGCCCCUCCCCCCCGACCCUGUCACACCUGCACAGGUCUGCGUUCCACUCAAGCCUCUAGUCCCCAAAAAGCCCCGCCCUCCGGCUCCGCCCACCCUGCCGUACCUGCCGCCUCAGUCCGGCCUCCCCCCACAGACAGGCCACGCCUCCAGCACCAAGCCAGGCGCGCCUGCAGCCGUCGCACCUGCAGCCGGUCCCAACAGACGGCCGCUCCGUCCGAGUCGACCGCCGGUUCCACCAAAGUUCGAGACGUCGCCCCCGCUCUGACCUCCGAGUGGCUGCAGGGAGGAGGAGGAAGAGGAGGAGGAGGAAGAGGAUCAGCCCCGCUGACUGUAAAUCAGUGCCUUGCUCAGCAGCAUCUCUGCACAGAUGAUGCAAAUAUUUGGGAUUUAAACCCGUAGCUGCUGCUGGUCGUCCUGUAGCGCCCCCUGCUGGCACCGUGGGAUUUAGUGCCUUGCCCAGGGACACAUUGGACAGAAACCCAAGUUCAGACUUUAGUGUUGGACUCUGCCUGGGAGCCGAGGAACCGUCGGCACGUUUAUCUGGACCGGAACCGCCAGCGUUCCCUUAACUCCCGGUUAAAACGGCGGAACCAUGUCAUUAAGUUUCUGGGUCGAAGGAGAAAUUUUCAACAUUCAGAAAGAUUCAAUGUUCAUGUUUUAUAAAAUAAAUAAAUAAAUCUGCUGAUUUGACAGAAAAAUCUUUAGUCAAGUCCUUCAGGAAUAAAUUAUCCAACACUGAUGAACUCCA